CUCAAUCAUGGACACUCGAAUUUUGUAUCAAUUGGCGAUAUUUCUGAUACUUAAUAUUUUGUUCACUAUCCAUGGAGCAAAGAGAAAUGUAGUAAUAGAUUUCACUAAAGUAGAGAUUGGCAAUCGACUUCCAAACAUAAUAGCGAUGUAUUCUUGGAUCAAUCGCACGUCUAGCAAUAUUUCGGCUCUCUACAUGAACUACUCGUUUUCUGAAGAUGUGUAUAAUCUAAAGGGAACAUUUAAUUUAAGCGUUAAACAUUCUGAGAAAUUUAUUAAUUACUUCACUCUUGACUUUGACUAUUGCAAAGGUAGAGAAAUGCUAUAUAGCCAAUAUGUGGCACAGAUUUUGGAAAAACAAUUACGCACUGUUUCGAAUUACCCAUUGGACUGUCCAUUAAAAAAGAAUUAUGAAUAUUAUGUAAAAGGAUUCACAAUUGACCCGAAUUUAAUUCCAAUUUAUUUGCCGAACUUACAUUUUUUGUCGAAUCUUACUAUCUUCAGAAAUCUGCAAUCCUGUGCCAGCAUAAUUGUUACAGGUUAUUUGCGAAACAAAUAA